AUGAAAUAUUCAUGUGUUCAAUUGAAUGAUCUACCCGAUGAAAUUCUUUUGAUUAUUUUAAAAAAUUUGACUAACGCAGAAGUACUUUAUUCUUUAUUAGGCGUCAAUAAACGACUAAAUAAUAUUGCAGUUGAUCCCGUUUUUACAAAUAAUUUAUCUCUUGUGAUGUCUACAUCGGAUGGUUUGGUUUAUUCAUUAUCUGAUCCAAUACUUGAUCGAUUUUGUUUAUAUAUUUUACCUAAAAUUCAUCAAAAUAUUGAAUGGCUUCAUCUUCAAUCACGAUCAAUGGAACGCAUUCUUCGUGCUACAAAUUUUCCGAAUUUGUAUGGCAUUAGUUUACAUAAUAUUGAAGCAAAAACAGCUAUAGAUCUUUUUACGGGUAAGAUACUUUUGUUCUUUCAAUCAAAGAUAAUUAUUAUAGAUAUUACUAAAUUCAAAAUAAUUUCACUGUAUUUGGAUUUGUUAGUAUGAAGAGAAGAAGAUUAUCAUGAAAGGGAUGAUUUUCCAUGAAGUUUAAGUACUUAUACAAAAAUGAAAGAUCUACAUGUAGUCUCUAAUUUAAAGUUUCAACAAAUUUUUGAAAAAGAAAAUUUAGAAUAAAAUCAAUAAAUUUUUAAUACUUUAUCAUUGUUUAGAACAAACUUCCGUAAUUCAUACUUUGAAAAAUCAACUUUUAUCAUUUACUAUCGACAUUAGUACAAACGGAACAGAUUGGUAUAAACGAGACAAUAAUGCAAUUAUAUUUAAUCAUAUCCUGACUAUGUUCACUAAUUUACAAUAUUUAAAUUUUGGUCGAUCUUCAAUUUACGAUGAUCGAUUAUUCUUUUGUAUGAGACGUUCAACUGUUAUCUCUACAAAUUUGUUAGAAUUACAUGUCUCUUUGCAUAUUUUUGAUGAUUGUCUUUAUUUACUUGAUGGACAUUUCAAUCAACUUCGUUCAUUUUAUGUUGAUGUUUGUAUGAUUUUCUCUUCGGAUAGAACUGUUAACAAUACGGUAGAGUUUAUUUUGAUAUCUAGUUUAAAUCAAAUAAUAAUAUUAUUUUUUUGUAGAAAGAACUACCUAGUUUAAAAUGCUUUUGUCUACACUGUAAGACGAUAACAACUGUUUAUGAUGAAUUAGUUGUGCCACUUUUACAUCGAAUGUCGAAUUUAGAAAAGCUUGAUUUGUCUAUUACUGUAC